AUGCCUUUUGAUAAGAGGAACAGUACUACAGAUGGAAAUAAGAAAGACGAUUCGAGAGUGGAGCAGAAAAACCCAAGAAAAAGCAGGAGAAAGAAAAGACCCUUAAGUAAAAAACCCACCCCCAAAACUGAUGCACUGCUAGGACCUUCUAGUAAACCACCCAGUCAAAACCCAUUAAAAAUAAAACUAGUAGCAGUGAAGAAGGCUACUGUCAGCGCUGUAUCUUCAAGUCUAACGAAAUUAGGAAUAAAGAAGGAGCAAAGGCCAUCACCACAUUCUCCCCCAUCAACUCCUAGCUCAGCGCUGAGGAACUACUCCAUGAACCCCAGUCCAGCAAGUAGCCGAUCUAGCUCAAGAGGUCGCCGAUCGUCCAGCAGGAGAUCUUCUAGCAGGGGAUCGACCAAACCCCCAACCCCUCGUUCAGAAAAGUUUUCUGAAAGCAGCUCUAGCCACCGGUCAAGGAAAGAGUCAUAUUCCUCAUCAUACUCCAACAGUGGAAGGGGAAGUAUUCAGAAAAUAGACAUUAAAGGUAAAAGCUUAAAAUCAAAGACAAUAAAGAAAAUGUCUAGAAGUGCUAUGCAACGAGAGAGCAAAGAUUCUAAAUCAAAGGAGUCAACAGGUAAAAGUGAACUAGAAAAUGAGAGAUCGGCAGGUGAAACGAAGGUGUCAACCAAAGACACUUUAGAAGAUUUGGGAUCAAGUGACGAAAACAUUACAGAAACUGGUACAAAAGAUGACAGUAUAAAAUUACUAUCCACUAAAGCUGGAAAGAAACCUGUAAGCACCAAAAGUAUGACUCACUUAAACACAAAUCCUGAAGGUACAGAAUUCUGUUCGACGUUGAAAUCUACUAUAAGAUAUCUGAGUACCAAAAGCCUUACUAGAAUCAAUACAGAAAAUGAAGAUAUAGAUUUGUUACCGAUACAAAGGAAAACAGAUUCUGAAAGUGAUGAUAGUGAUAGUGAAGAAAAGGGGAAAUUAUUACCAAGUUCUUCGAACAAAAGCAACGAAGACACCAACCUAUAG